UAUAUUUUUUUCUGUCACUGCGCUGCUGCCAGUGUAAACCGCCAUCAUGAGUUCUGACGCAGAGAUGGCCGUUUUCGGCGUGGCUGCCCAGUUCCUCAGGAAAUCUGAAAAAGAAAGAAUCGAGGCUCAAAACAAACCAUUUGAUGCCAAGACGUCAGUCUUUGUAGUGGAUACCACAGAGGCCUACGUGAAAGGAGCCCUGCAAAGCAAAGAAGGAGGGAAAGCCACAGUCAAAACAGAAGGUGGAAAGACUUUGACAGUGAAGGAUGACCAAACCUUCCCCAUGAAUCCACCGAAGUUCGAUAAGAUUGAAGACAUGGCCAUGAUGACCCACUUGAAUGAACCAGCUGUCUUGUAUAACCUCAAAGAGCGUUACUCAGCCUGGAUGAUCUACACCUAUUCUGGCCUUUUUUGUGUCACUGUGAACCCUUACAAGUGGCUGCCUGUCUACAACCCAGAAGUGGUCGAUGCUUACAGAGGCAAAAAGCGUCAGGAAGCCCCACCACACAUCUUCUCCAUCUCUGAUAACGCCUAUCAGGCCAUGUUAACUGAUCGUGAAAAUCAGUCUAUCUUGAUUACCGGAGAGUCUGGUGCCGGGAAGACUGUGAACACAAAACGUGUCAUCCAGUACUUUGCAACAAUUGCAGCUGUUGGUGACAAGAAGAAAGAUGAAUCAGCUAAAAACAAGGGCACCCUGGAGGAUCAAAUCAUCCAGGCUAACCCCCUGCUGGAAGCUUUCGGAAAUGCCAAGACCGUGAGGAAUGACAACUCAUCCCGCUUCGGUAAAUUCAUCAGAAUCCACUUUGGCACCACUGGAAAACUGUCUUCAGCUGACAUUGAAACAUACCUACUGGAGAAAUCCCGAGUUACUUUCCAGCUUAAAGCAGAAAGGAGCUACCACAUUUUCUAUCAGAUAACGUCCAACAAGAAGCCGGAACUGAUUGAAAUGCUUUUGAUCACCACCAACCCCUACGACUUUCCAUUUAUUAGCCAGGGGGAGAUCACCGUGGCCAGCAUUGAUGAUGCUGAUGAGUUGAUGGCCACUGAUAGUGCCAUUGACAUCCUUGGAUUCACUGCUGAAGAGAAAGUUUCAAUCUACAAGCUGACAGGCGCGGUAAUGCACUAUGGAAACAUGAAAUUCAAGCAAAAACAGCGUGAGGAGCAGGCAGAGCCUGACGGCACGGAAGUUGCCGAUAAAGCUGGCUACCUGAUGAAUUUGAACUCGUCAGAUUUGCUUAAAGCUCUCUGCAAUCCCCGUGUCAAAGUCGGAAAUGAAUAUGUCACCAAAGGACAGACAGUUCAGCAGGUAUAUAAUAACGUAGGUGCUCUGGGCAAGGCAGUCUAUGAGAAGAUGUUCUCGUGGAUGGUCACUCGUAUUAAUGAACAGUUGGACACUAAACAACCUCGUCAGUUUUUCAUCGGUGUGCUGGAUAUUGCUGGCUUUGAAAUUUUUGAUUAUAACAGUUUGGAGCAGCUGUGUAUCAACUUCACCAACGAGAAACUGCAACAGUUUUUCAAUCACCACAUGUUCGUCUUGGAACAAGAGGAAUACAAGAAGGAGGGCAUUGAGUGGGAGUUCAUUGACUUCGGAAUGGACUUGGCGGCCUGCAUUGAGCUUAUUGAGAAGCCAAUGGGCAUCUUCUCCAUCCUUGAAGAGGAGUGCAUGUUCCCCAAGGCAACAGAUGUUUCCUUCAAAAACAAGCUGUAUGAUCAGCAUCUUGGCAAGUCCAACAACUUCCAGAAGCCAAAGCCAACCAAAGGCAAAGCUGAGGCUCACUUCUCCCUUGUCCACUAUGCUGGGACGGUGGAUUACAACAUCACUGGCUGGCUGGACAAGAACAAGGACCCACUGAAUGAAAGCGUCAUUGGGCUGUACCAGAAGUCUUCGAUGAAGACAUUGGCUUAUCUCUUCUCCAGCUAUGCAGCAACAGAUGCAGAAGGUAGUGCAAAGAAGGGUGGCAAAAAGAAGGGGUCUUCCUUCCAGACCGUGUCAGCACUUUUCAGGGAAAACUUAAAUAAGUUAAUGAGCAAUCUCAGGACGACCCAUCCUCAUUUUGUGCGUUGCCUUAUCCCCAACGAGACAAAAACUCCAGGUGCAAUGGAACAUGCACUCGUGCUCCACCAGUUGCGUUGUAAUGGAGUGCUAGAGGGUAUCAGGAUCUGCAGGAAGGGUUUCCCAAGCAGGAUUCUUUAUGGUGACUUCAAACAAAGAUACAAGAUCCUCAAUGCCAGUGCAAUCCCUGAAGGGCAGUUUAUUGACAGCAAGAAGGCCUCAGAAAAGCUUCUCGGAUCCAUUGACAUUGAUCACACGCAGUACAAAUUUGGACACACCAAGGUAUUCUUUAAAGCUGGUCUCCUGGGGUUAUUAGAAGAGAUGCGAGAUGACCGUUUGGCACAAGUCAUCACUCGUACCCAAGCUCAGUGCAGAGGUCACUUGAUGAGAGUAGAGUUCAAGAAGAUGAUGGAGAGGAGGGAGUCCGUCUUCUGCAUUCAAUACAACAUCCGCUCAUUCAUGAACGUCAAACAUUGGCCAUGGAUGAAGCUGUUCUUCAAGAUCAAGCCUCUUCUGAAGAGCGCGGAAUCCGAGAAGGAAAUGGCCAACAUGAAGGAAGAGUUUGCGAAGACGAAGGAAAGUCUGACGAAGUCAGAAGCCAAAAGAAAAGAACUGGAGGAAAAAAUGGUUAAAAUUAUCCAGGAAAAGAAUGACCUACAACUUCAAGUCCAGUCUGAAUCUGAAAAUCUAAAUGAUGCAGAGGAAAGGUGCGAUCAGUUGAUUAAAACCAAGAUCCAAUUGGAAGCCAAGAUCAAAGAGCUCAAUGAAAGGCUGGAAGAUGAGGAAGAGUCAAAUGCUGAACUGACGGCCAAGAAGAGAAAACUGGAGGAUGAGUGUACUGAACUGAAGAAAGAUAUCGAUGAUCUAGAGCUAACACUGGCCAAGGUGGAGAAAGAGAAACAUGCCACAGAAAACAAAGUGAAGAACCUUACAGAAGAGAUGGCUGUUCUUGAUGAAAACAUUGCUAAACUUACAAAGGAGAAAAAAGCUCUUCAAGAAGCCCAUCAGCAAACUCUGGAUGAUCUACAGGCAGAAGAGGACAAAGUCAAUACACUGACCAAAGCCAAGACAAAGCUUGAACAACAAGUUGAUGAUCUUGAGGGGUCUCUGGAACAAGAAAAGAAACUGCGCAUGGAUCUUGAAAGAUCUAAAAGAAAACUUGAGGGUGAUCUCAAACUAGCCCAGGAAACCAUUAUGGAUAUAGAAAAUGAUAGACAGAAUAUGGAUGAGAGAAUAAAAAAAAAAGAUUUUGAAAUGAGCCAGUUAUUGAGCAGAAUUGAAGAUGAACAAGUUCUUGGUGCUCAACUUCAGAAAAAGAUUAAAGAAUUGCAGGCCCGCAUUGAGGAGCUGGAAGAAGAAAUUGAGGCGGAAAGGGCAGCAAGAGCCAAAGCAGAGAAGGCAAGAUCUGACCAUUCCAGGGAGCUUGAGGAGAUCAGUGAGCGUCUGGAAGAAGCCGGUGGGGCCACCUCUGCUCAAAUUGAGAUGAACAAGAAGCGUGAAGCAGAAUUCCAGAAGAUGAGACGUGACCUAGAAGAGUCCACCCUACAGCAUGAGGCCACAGCCGCAGCUCUCCGAAAGAAGCAUGCUGACAGUACAGCCGAACUUGGAGAACAAAUUGAUAACCUUCAACGUGUGAAGCAAAAACUGGAGAAAGAGAAGAGCGAGUUCAAAAUGGAGAUUGAUGAUCUAGCCAGUAAUUUGGAAACUGUAUCAAAAGCAAAGGCCAAUUUUGAAAAGAUUUGCCGCACCCUGGAAGACCAGCUUAGUGAAAUAAAGACAAAAGAAGAGGAACAUCAACGCCACAUUAACGAUAUCAGUGCUCAAAAAGCACGUCUGCAAACAGAGAAUGGUGAGUUCUCGAGGCAGCUGGAAGAAAGGGAGGCCUUGAUCUCUCAGCUAUCACGUGGAAAGCAGGCAUUCACUCAACAGAUUGAAGAGUUGAAAAGGCAACUGGAAGAAGAGACUAAGGCCAAGAAUGCCCUUGCUCAUUCCUUGCAAUCUUCCCGACAUGACUGUGACCUUCUCAGAGAACAAUUUGAAGAGGAACAAGAAGCCAAGGGUGAGCUGCAAAGAGCCCUGUCCAAAGCCAACGGGGAAGUUGCUCAAUGGAGAACGAAAUAUGAGACCGACGCGAUUCAGCGCACAGAAGAACUGGAGGAAGCCAAGAAGAAACUUGCUCAGCGUUUGCAAGAUGCAGAGGAGCAAAUUGAGGCAGUUAAUUCCAAAUGUGCUUCACUUGAGAAGACUAAAAUCCGGCUGCAGAAUGAAGUCGAGGACCUCAUGGUGGAUGUGGAAAGGUCUAACAGUGCUUGUGCUGCUCUUGAUAAAAAGCAGAAGAACUUUGACAAGAUACUGGCUGAAUGGAAACAGAAAUACGAGGAGGCACAUGCUGAGCUAGAGUCUUCAUUAAAAGAAAGCCGGUCGCUCAGCACUGAUUUAUUCAAGAUGAAGAAUGCCUAUGAGGAGUCUAUGGAUCAGCUUGAAACCAUCAAACGCGAGAAUAAGAAUCUGCAACAGGAGAUUGUUGAUCUGACUGAACAAGUCUCUGAAAACGCAAAGAUUCUACAUGAAGUGGAAAAAGCCAAGAAAUCGAUUGAGCAAGAGAAAUCCGAAAUCCAGUCCGCUCUUGAAGAAGCAGAGGCCUCUCUUGAACAUGAAGAAGGGAAGAUUCUAAGGAUACAACUGGAGCUUACACAGGUGAAAUCAGAAAUUGACCGGAAGAUCGCAGAGAAGGAUGAAGAAAUUGACCAACUGAAGAGAAACCACAUCAGAAUCGUGGAGUCCAUGCAGAGCUCGUUGGAUGCAGAAAUCCGGAGCAGGAAUGAUGCCCUCAGACUGAAGAAGAAAAUGGAAGGCGAUCUGAAUGAAAUGGAGAUCCAGCUGAGUCACGCCAAUCGCCAAGCUGCAGAGUCACAGAAACAACUGAGAAAUGUCCAGGGUCUGCUUAAGGAUGCCCAAAUUCAUCUGGAUGAUUCCCUCAGAUCUCAAGAAGAUCUGAAGGAACAACUGGCCAUGGUUGAGCGAAGAUCUAAUCUUAUGCAGGCUGAGAUAGAGGAAAUAAGAGCAGCUCUGGAGCAAACAGAAAGAAGCAGAAAGGUGGCUGAGCAAGAACUUCUUGAUGCCAGUGAGCGGGUCCAACUUCUUCACUCACAGAACACAAGUUUGAUAAACACCAAGAAGAAGUUGGAAACCGACCUCGCUCAACUACAAUCAGAGGUGGAAGAAUCUGUACAAGAAGCUCGCAAUGCAGAAGAGAAAGCAAAGAAGGCCAUCACAGACGCUGCCAUGAUGGCUGAGGAAUUAAAGAAGGAACAGGACACUAGCGCUCACCUUGAGAGAAUGAAGAAGAACCUGGACCAGACAGUAAAGGAUCUCCAGCAUCGUCUGGAUGAGGCUGAGCAGCUGGCACUCAAAGGUGGAAAGAAGCAGAUCCAGAAACUGGAGGCUAGGGUGCGGGAACUUGAAAAUGAAGUGGAGUCUGAACAAAAACGCAGCUCUGAAGCUAUCAAAGGUGUCCGUAAAUAUGAAAGGAGAGUUAAAGAACUAACAUACCAGUCUGAGGAAGACAAGAAGAAUAUUAUGAGGCUUCAAGAUCUGGUUGACAAACUCCAACUGAAAGUAAAGGCCUACAAGAGGCAGACAGAGGAGAUUGAGGAGCAAUCCAACACGAAUUUGACCAAAUUUCGCAAAGUUCAACACGAGCUUGAAGAAGCUGAGGAACGGGCUGACAUUGCAGAGUCCCAAGUCAACAAGCUCCGUGCUAAAACACGAGAAGUCACCAAGAUUGCAAAAAGUGAGGAAUAAAAGAGCAUGGAGCUGGGAGUGAUUGAAGAGCUGCACAAAAUGUGUGAACUCAUUCACUUUACUGUAUUUAGAUAUGUCUUAAGUUUCUAGCAAUAAAUAUUCUAGACCUUUGCAAAAACCCA